CAAAACUGAAUGUGAACUUGUUAUCUCUUUGCGCUGUGGUGUCCGUGACGUCUAAACCAUGCGUCAUCCCUGUAAAAGUGAAACUAAAAGUGCAACACUGAGCGCUAAACGUUUGCAGGUUUCUGGAAAAAGGGAAACAACGACUGUCGGUACACCUGAGCACAAUGAGGGGGGUGACAGCCGGUGUGUUUGCCCUCCUGCUGUCGGACCUGCUGCUGUGGCUGGCGCUGUGGGCAGGGCUGGUGCUGCUGGAGUGCUCCAGUGGCGGAGGCCUGGCAGCUCUGUGGGCUCUCGGGGCCGUGAAGUGGCCGCUCCUCUACUCUGUCACUCGGCUGGUGGCUGAUGGAGAGCCGCAGUGUGUGCUCCACAGGUUUGUAGCCCUCCUCUGCCUCCUCCCUGCUGUGUUUCACAGUGGACGGAUGCUUCUGGAGCCUGAUGCCUCACUGCUUCCUGAGCCCGGGAUGGUGCUCUUGGCUCUGAUAUCCUCCACACUUGCCUGUGUGCUGUGGGAAAUAUUCCUCCCCAGCGAUGGAGGGAUGAGAAAGGUUGAUAAGAAACUCAGUGCCCGGGCGGUCCUGAUCAGAGUGCUGAAAUACUUCAGACCGGACAUCCUCUACGUGAUUGCAGCGUUUGCAUUCCUCAUUCUUGGUGUCAUAUGUGACACGUUCAUCCCAUAUUAUCAAGGGAAGGUAGUUGAUAUGUUAAGCGGCCAAACUCUUGAAAGUGGUUUCUUUUUUGCAAUCGGACAGCUGGCACUUGUCUCACUUGGAAGCGCGGUGUUCUCUUGCUUGAGAGGAAGCACGUUCAUGUGGACCCUGUCGCGACUGAACAAGACAAUGAAGCUCCUGCUGUUCCACAACCUGCUGCAGCAGGAUGUCCACUUCUUCAAGGAGAACAGCCCCGGAAGUCUUGCCUCCCGGCUGGACUCGGAUGUGGACAAGAUGGGCCGCACAGUGGCACUGAACAGCAACGUGUUGGUUCGCAGCACCGUCAAAACAAGUCUUAUGCUGAUACUGAUGCUGCGCCUGUCCUGGAAGCUCACUGUGCUCACCUGCGUUGAGAUUCCUCUCUUGUUCUUCAUGCAGAAGACGUACAUCACCUUCAGCACGGAGCUGAAGAACCAGAUACAAGACUGCCAAGCUCAGAAUAAAAAGCUGGCUUCGCAAAUUAUCGAGGGAAUCCGAACAGUCCGCAGCUUCAAAGCAGAGGAAGAUGAAAUGAAGCGGUAUAACGUCGCGCUGGAGCACAUGGGUAGUGUCAAGAGACGUACAGGAAUCUACAGCUCAGUCUACUGCUUACUGCGGAGGCUGGUGAGUGUGGGGAUAAAGGUCCUCAUGCUGCUGGUCGGCCGCAGCCUGGUCUCCUCUGGUCAGCUCAGCAUCGGCAGCCUCUUGACCUUUUUCUUGUACCAGAAGCCAAUGUCAAACAAUGUGAAGGAGAUUUCGUAUGGCCUUGGAGAGAUGGUGAGCACAGUUGGUGUCAUAUCCAAGGUGUUCAACUAUCUGGACAGAAAGCCAAAGUGUAAGGAGGCGGGAGAUUUGGCUCCUGAGAAGCUGGAGGGAAGAAUUACCUUUAGUGAUGUAACCUUUGCUUACCCCUCAACUCCUGAUAAACCAGCAUUAAAGUCAGUUUCAGUGGAACUGCAGCCAGGGAAGGUGACGGCUCUUGUGGGUCCCUCUGGCAGCGGAAAGACUUCCUGCGUCAGCCUCCUGAAGAGGCUUUAUGAACCUCAAGAGGGACAGAUCCUGCUGGAUGGACAGCCGCUGCACUGCUACAAACACAAAUACCUCCAUCAAAAGAUGGCCCUGGUGUCUCAGAACCCCGUGCUGUUCUCCGGCUCAGUGAGAUACAACAUAGAGUACGGCCUGAAGGACUGCGACCCAGAGAAGGUGACAGAGUCCGCAAGGAAGGCCAAAGCAGAAGGCCUUAUCUCUAAACUGGACAACGAAUAUGACACAGAUGUUGGAGAAGGCGGGAGGAAGCUUGCGGUGGGACUGAGGCAGUGCAUUGCCAUUGCCAGAGCUCUGGUUCGAGAGCCGCAGAUCAUCAUCCUGGACGAGGGUACUAGCAGCCUGGAUGUUGACGUACAGUACGGCGUGGUGCAGGAGCUUCUGACGUGUGGGAAGACGGUGCUGAUGGUGACCCAUCAGCUGAAGACUGUGGAGAAGGCAGAUCACAUUAUCUUCAUGGAGAACGGGACGGUCGUGGAGCAGGGCACGCACCAUGACCUCAUGGCCAGAAAAGGACGCUAUCAUCGGCUGAAACAGGAGCUCUUCACUUGAUCAAGGCUCUGUACUUCAAGUCCUACUGUUUGCAUGUAAAAUGUUUUUGUAA